AUGAGAUAUGACAGCAGAGUCACACCUAACGAUAAGGGUUUCACGAUCACCUACAUCGCCAUUGAAGAAACACGCGGUUUGAUAACGGAUGCUUUGAAAAGGCUCAGUGUACUGAACUCAGCGGCGGAGUGUUGGGUACCACAGCGAGACGGCUCGAAAUAUUGGACGAGGUAUCCGGUGGAUGGGGCCGAGCAGGACGAUAGCGACAGAAAUAAUCGCAGGAGUUUAUUUGCAUACCUAGGAAGAUGUAAAUUAACAUGGAAUGCGCUAUUUCUGCUUGUACUUAUUGUUGGUGCGACAUUAGCCGUGAUAUUAACCGUCGUUCUUUCUGGAAGGUCGUCACCGAGCCAGAAAGAUACCAGGAUAGUGUAUUUCUCUAUGUACAUAGGAGAUGGAGAGCAAAGGCCUCCUCUACGAUUCAAACGAUCUCUUGGUUACAUAAUAAAUAAUCACACAACUUCUUGUAAUUUUGAAACGAAUAAAAAUAACACCGAAAAUGCGAUUGGUGAAAUUGCUAAAAGGAAGGAUAUUGACCAACGAUAUAGUUUUAUUUUCUACGGUGACGAAGUGCAAGUGACUAAACCACUAAAAGCUCGCGACGCAGUGGAUGAAUUGAAGUCUACCCAAUCCAAAUCGCAAUUUAUAGCGAAUCAAUCCGCCGCGAUCGAACAAUUUCUCGAGAAAACCAAAGGAAGGACUAGGGAUAUCUUAUUUCAUUUUAUCCCAUGCAACUGCACAGUUCUGGAUCCAGAAACGACGAAGUUUGUGAACAUGAUGAAACAAAACGGGAUUGGCAAGAGAACCACGCUUGUCUCAAACACACAAAACUCGACUGUCAUAAAAGCUGCACUCAACCUCACUAAUGAUGACAUAGAAGGCGUCAUCGGCACAGGCGACGACGUUGUUAAAGAAAUUACAGACAUUGGGAAUGGCGAGGUGGACGGUAGGAAGAGCGAGGGAGUAAAGUGGGUUGUGGGGUUGAGGACGGGUUCCAAGAAGAUGAGAGGUCUUUAA